AUGACUUACUUAUUACAGAUCAGCAGAAGGCAUUUUUAUGUCUCAAAGGAUGUAUGCUUUGGAGAUGAUCUCAGAGGAAGACUCUCAGGAUCAAAACCCAAGAAGACUCCAAUGGAACAAAACUUGAAACUAACAAGCACAGAAUUUGAUAAGAUUGUGAAUGAGAAUACUGAUGACAUUAUCUUGGAGGACAGGAGUCUUUUUCAAAGACUAGCUGGCAAGCUUCUGUAUUUGACAAUCACAAGGCCUGACAUUGCAUAUGUUGUACAAAGUCUAAGCCAAUUUAUGCAUGCUCCAAAGAAGUCUCAUUAUGAGGCUGCAUUACAUGUUGUGAGAUACAUCAAGGAUCAACCUGGACUUGGACUUCUCAUAUCAAGCAAUAGUGCAGAAAGAGUUAAUGGAUUCUGUGAUUCAGAUUGGGGAUCAUGUCCCAUGUCCAGGAAGUCAAUUACAGAGUUCUGUAUCAAACUGGGGAAUUCUCUCAUUUCAUGGAAGGCAAAGAAGUAG